CAAAAACACACAAUUGCGACCAAACAAAAAGAGGACAAUUUCUUUUUUGGUUUUUAGACUUGCAGGGUGAAGAGAGCAAGCAAAAACGAAAGAAUCAAUGGCAUCCACUUCAGCUGCUUCAAUGGCUCUGCCCUUAGCUGUAGCUACCCAAAACAGGGUGCCAAGCUCUGAGGCAUUCUUUAAGCCACUUCCGGUGAAGCCAUGGAGGGCAAUGGGCGGUGUUAAAAGACCCAACGGAAGGCUCCAAGUCAAGGCUGGUGCUUCUUCGUUCAAGGAAAAGGCGGUGACGGGGUUGACAGCGGCAGCACUGACGACAUCGAUGAUGAUGCCAGAGGUGGCUCAAGCGGCUGAUGGAGUCAGCCCAUCUCUCAAGAACUUCUUGCUCAGUAUAGCGGCCGGGGGUGUGGUUCUGGUCGCCAUUGUUGGAGCCGUAAUUGGUGUGUCCAACUUCGAUCCUGUCAAGCGGAGCUGAGCUCAUAUAUUUCUCUCUCAUGCUGUACAUCUUUUUUCUCAUCUUCCCUGUUUAAUAAUGUUUUCAGUAACGAACUUCUGGAUGUAUUUUGGCCGA